UUUGCACUACCUUUCAUCAUCAUUGUCAUUCUCAACAGUUUCAGUGACUGAGCCCGUUCUUUAUCUCCACAUUUUGAAGUUUGCUAUAUAGAAUUCCGUAACACUAUGUCAGGAGGUACACAUCAGGGGAAAGACGAAGGAACAAGGAAGAAAAAGGAGUCUAUAGUUGAUCUCUCGCGAUUUAUUGACAAAAAAAUCCGCGUGAAGUUCCAAGGAGGACGAGAAGCUGCUGGUAUCCUGAAAGGAUACGACGCUCUAUUGAACCUUGUUUUGGAUAAUACCGUGGAAUAUCUACGAGAUCCUGAAAAUCCGGGAACAGUUGGCGACGAUACCAGGUCAUUAGGACUGAUUGUGGCGCGUGGAACUGCAAUAACAGUCGUUGCCCCCUCCGACGGUAUGGAACAGAUAGAAAAUCCGUUUGCGCAACAAGACGAAUGAAGGUGAUUCAUUUUCAUGAAAGGUUUACGACCAAGGCCGACCGACCAAGGUUCGGUCCAUUGAUGACGUCAAAAUUUUCCUUAAGUUUUGUUAUUGUAUCUCUCCAGUAUGACGAGUUGUGCAUCUCCGGGAUAUAGCAGUUGUUGUAGCGUGUCCUCCAAUCUUUUUACUUCAUUUUCGUUUGCUCGCUGACUUGUUGAUCACUAAUUUCUUAGCGUGAGUAAUGAAUGAACUGAUUUUCAUCUUCUGUUUGUGUCCCGAAGA